AUGGGAACAACCGGGGACUGGUCCGGGCUGCCGGAAGAUCUCCUGCUCAUCGCCAUGGCGGCGAUGGAGGUACCCGACGUGGUCCGCUCGGGAUACGUCUGCUCCGCGUGGCGCUCCGCCUACGCUACGUUCCGUCGCCUCCGCCUCCCCACGCGGCCCAACCAGCCGCCCUGCCUGCUAUACCCUCGCGUCGACGCCGACGCGACCGGCUCCGCCUUGCUCUACUCCCCGUUCACCAACACCACCUUCCGCCUGCCCCCGCUCCACAGUGCCGUCGGCUCGGCGAACGGGUGGAUCUUCACCACCGACGAGGCCCCCAAUCCUUACCUCGUCAACCCCGUGACCGGCGCCCGGGUCGCGCUCCCGCCCAUCACGGCCCUCGAGCGCGUCAAGAGCAGCUUCUUGGACGGCGAGGGGAACACCGUGUACGACGUCGACUUCGCCUGGAAAGGCGGGCCCGCCAUGCAGCACGUCACGGCGCAGAAGGCGAGAGACUGGAUGUACCGUCGGGUGGCCAUCUCCGGCGCCGCCACGGCGGCCUGCAUCGUCUUGCUGGUGCACAUGCCGCACGGGGAGCUCUCCUUCGCCAGGCCAGGCGACGAGCGCUGGACCCCGGUCCCUGACCCGAUCAGAUGGAUCCCCGGCGCCUUCGACAGCGUAGCUCACGACGAUGAGAAAAGCGGCCUGUUUUACGUGCUACGCUCCACCGGCGACGUGCUCGCUCUGGAUCUUAGCGGUGCGUCACCGGUGACGAGGCACGUGUCGAUCACGUGGGGAAACCACGCCCCCAAGAACACUGACUACCUCAUCCCCACGCCUUGCGACCGCAGCCUCUUGCUGGUGAGGAGACAGUUGGUCAGGUCCGUGGAGUUCCCGGAGGAGGAGGAGGAGAGCUCUGAUGGGUGUGAUACUGAUAGGCGUCGCUCCAACUCCGCCACGACCCGCAUCUACAUGGAAAAGAUUUGGCUCGACAGGCCAAGGCCACCAAGGAUAGAGACGGCGGAAGGCGUGGGGGACAAUGCUUUGUUCCUUGGGCGCAACUCGCCCAUGUGUUUUCCCGUCGCGGGCUACCCAAUGCUCAAGCCAAACUGCGCCUAUCUGGUCGACGACUGUGAGCAGCUCACUAUGCCCGUCACACGGAGGGACUUCGGUAUCUGGGACUUCGGUAGCAGAAGCCUGCACAAGCUCGUUGAUGUGUGGCCGUCUCUCCCUCCAUGGUCGGAUACGUCUAUUCCGAUCUGGAUCACACCAUCUCUUCACUAG